AAAAAGGUACCCUACGUACACUAUAUUUUCCAGAUUUCAUAUAUUUAAGGUCACUGCCAUCUCUUAUAACGUAGUUCUUGUACUAUUCUGUGGUUAUUAAACUUUACAACUCUGUAAGUCCUUUUUUACUUUCAUUAAAUUUCUGUUAAUCUAAAAUAAAAUCUUCAAAGUUCUGUUUUAGUACUAUAUUUAAUUAAAUCUUUUUUACUUCAAAAAAAACUAUAGGUACUCAGAAUAAUGAGUGGUGAAGAUCCAAAAAUAAGUAAUCAGAUUGUUGUUACAUCUGUUGGCAACUCUUGGGUAGUUUGUAGAUCUAAGUCAUACUCUGGGCGUACAUAUUACUUCAACACCUUGACUGGAGAAGCAGUUUGGAAUUUAAGUGAUGCAGAGGUUGAAAAAGCCAAGAAAAUGUCAAAAAAUCCACCAGGAAUUCCAUUAGAGGGCUGUCCUGAGCCAAAUGAACCACCAAUAGAUCACAGUAAUUUCUCAAGUCAAUAUAGAAUAAGUGGUCAAGAACGAUUUCAGAACUAUGAACCUUUGAAUAGUUUUAAUAAUCAAGUAAUAAAUACCAAGAUUAUAAAAUCUCCCUUUUCUUUACAAACUUUACAAAACUCUAAAUUUGUACCCAUAAAUCGAGUUGAAACAUUGGGUGUGAAUAUUACUGCACAACCUGUAUUUAAUCCUAAUAUUUGGGCUAUACCUUCUACCCACCAGAUUUAUAUAACUCCAACAACAUCUACAAUAUCAAAUGAAAAUCAUACUUCAUUGGUUGAAUAUAAUAACUUUCAUACUUCUAUAUCCCCACAUCAAAGCACAUUUCCACUUUCAAGGCAUUUUAGUAUUAUAAAUGAAAGAAGACAUAGAAAUCAUUUGUAUAGGAGAAUACAUGGCUAUCAUAGGUUUUCUUCAAAAUUUUACAAUAAUAGAUUCAGGGAAAGUCACCCACCAAGAUUUAGGAAUAAAUUGAAUGAUCUUCGCCAAUUUAUAUCAGCUAAGAAAUCAGUGGAGAUAGAAACAUCAGAAUCUCCUGAAGCAAAGAGUGAUGCAUCUAGUGUUGAUAAAAUUGUACCAAAAGAACACAGCCCCACACAAAUUAAGUAUGAAGAAGAAGAAUUAUGUGCGAGUGAUGUUGAUGAUGACUGGCUCAAGGCCCAUGGUUCUACAGAAGGAGAAAAGUAUGUGCUCGAUGUAUCAGCCUUAAGAAAUCUCAUCAUACCCAAUACAGAUUCAGAUCGAUGGUUUAUUGUGGUUGAUAGGGGUGUGAUACUCAAUCACUACAAAUUUUUGAACACCAUUGUAAAUUCAGAUGAAACAUGCCAAUUGAUGGUCGCUCGUGAGAUUUUUAUAAUUAUUCAAAAUGAUGCAAGAACCGAUUCUAAUAAUAAGUUAAAGCUUCGAGCUCGACGUGCGUUGCGUUUCCUUACGCAACAAUUUGCUAGUGGUUCUGCUGUUAUCGGGGAAGACCCAAAUAAAUCACCUGAAGAUAAGAAUAUUUGUCUUCUGAAUUUUUGUUCAAAAUUAGUAGAACAGAACAAUCCUUUGAUUUAUAUCACUCAUGAAGAUGUUUGGCAACAGACAAAGUUAGCAACAAAGGUACCAGUAUUUACUAUUACAGAGAUAAAAGUCAUUUUAUUUACUACCGCUUUCUCUAAAGAAAAUUUACAAAACCGAAUGCCAAAACCAAUUGAUGAUCGCUCUAUAAAAAUUACUAUACCAAAUAAUGACUUUCUUGAUGAAGCUGAAAGGGAACAUUGUGCUGAUGAUAGAGUGAAGGAACCUCAUUUAACUAAUGAAAGUCUUAAUGAUAAAGAAGAGGAACUUGAUAUACCUAAUGAUGACCUUCAAAACGAUAAUACUGUAAAUAAGGCUGUGUUAACUGUAAAAGAAAUUGAUAUACAAACUGAUACUACUUCCGCUAUGAGACGGACUGUUGAUGCAGGCGUACAGACUGAUUUUAAUGUAUCAGAACCAGAAAUAGUAAAAACGGAUAGUGUUGGUGUAAAUACAUUUUCUAAUCAAAUAUUGUCAAAUAACAGUAUUCAAACUACAGUAGAUCAAAGUUUGAACUCCAAUAAAAGAAAAAUUCGAUUAAAACGAAGAACAGUAAAUGAAACAACUGACAGUUCUAGUAAUAAAGAAAAAAAGCAAUUUAAAUGGCAUAGAAGAAAAAGAAAUUUUCCUAUUUCAACUUCAGAUAAUAGAGAUCAAAAUGUAUUAAAUAAUACUGGUGACGGUAAUCAGCUGGAUCUCAACAAGUCACUUCCUCAACAUUCAUCUAACGAAAGUAUAUUCAAAGAUAGGCAAAAUGCUUAUGAAGAUAGUAGCGAAACUAACAGUUCUACUUUCUUAACAGGAAACAGAACUGAAAAUAUCAUUAUAGAAGAAACAUCAAUAUCUGAUGUUAUAUCAAAUUCGAUUAGUAAUAUUGAUUCAGAAAGCAUGAUUAGUAUUAAUAUUAAAAAGCCUAAUUUCAAUAAAAUGAGUGAAGAAGGAACCAGCAGUGUUAUGUUUAAAAUUACUGAGGUUGCUAUGGAAGAAUAUUUAAAGAUGAGAUGUGAUGAGUGGAUAUCAAGGUUUGUACAAAUAAUGGAAGAAGUACUCAGUCAAAUAUUACAACAAGAUAUAAGUAAUGAUUUAGAGAACACUAUGCCUCCGCCAUGGACUAUCCAUGAAGCAACAGAGUGCAUAAAAAAGAGAUUUGAUGACAAUUGUGUUAUUGAUGCUGCAUCAAAAUUAUCUAAUAUAUUAUUUAAAAUAAGUGAUGAAAGAGGCAGAAUCAACUUUAAAAUUAAACCUGCUGAAUUCAUGGAAAUGUAUAGUUAUGGUGUACAUCUUGUCAAUGCUUUACAGGUUGUUUUUGAUAAAUCUGAAGAUCUUCAGACCGCUGCCGGAUCGCUGGCAAAAUUGUUGAGCGACAUUCACAACUAUAACUUGGAAGGCCAUAAUGAUUCCUUUAACGAUAAUAUGAAUGAACCUACCUGUGCAGUCUCACAAACUACAUCUACAAUUGGUAACCAAGAAAAUGAUGAUCCAAUUGUUAAUAAUAGAGAAACGUUUAGUAGAACGUCCUCCAAACAUACAGAAUAUGCUGAUAAUAAAAAUUCAGAUUCAAAUAACUUCAGAUUUAAGAAAAGAAAACUGACAGAGGAUGAUGAAGAAAAACGAAAAGAUGUUAAAUUCAUUAGGACAUUUGAUCUGAAGGACACAUUCUUAUCCACUCUACAUCUUAAAAAAAAUGAAAUGGAAACAUUAGGUUCAACAAAAAAUCAAUGCCAAAACGAAUCAGAGCCAGUCUCUAAUCUGAACUCGACAGGGCCAGCCUCUAAUGUGCCUUCGGAUUUAGUCGCAGAUAAAGAACCACGUAUUGUAAGAAAUUUUACGAAAUGCUCAGAUUUUGAGGCUAGAUUAAAAGGAAGAUUGGAGAAAGCACCUCUAGAUAUGGAUGUAUUGGAUUAUUCACUUGAGUGUAAUGAUGAUUACAAUAUGGAAGAAGACGAUUAUUCUGAGGAUUACUAUUGUGAUGAAAUGGAUGAUGAAAUUGAUGGUGAAUUUGAUCAGAGUAUAGAGACAUCUCAUGGUGUUACAAGCAAAUCUUCAGAGUGUACAAGAGAAGAUAACACAUUCAAAUUGUUCAUUAGUAAAUUUAUAAAAGAAAUAAAGGAAGCAUCUAAAGAAGUUCAUAAUUUUUGUGAGAAUACACUCCAUGAGAUAAAUGAUGUGGAGAAAAUAAGUACAGUCAAAAAGAUCGAAAUCCAAGAAAAAGUUGAGACAGUCCAUUUACAUAUUGUAAAUUUACGAAAAUCAUUAAACAGCAUAAUGGAACGAUGCGUAAAUUAUACCGAAAGCGCUAGCAAGUCACUAUUCCAAGAAGCGGGAGUUCUCCUUGAUUCCGAACAGGCUGUUAUAUACCGCGACGUGAUUGCUUCGUGCAUUGGUCAAGCAGAUGUCCUCCUAGAAACAGUGAAUGUCAUUAAAGAUGCUAUAAAAUCAUAACUUCAGUGAACAAAAUAUUAUUAUGAACUAUGUUUAUGAAAUGUAAAAUAUAGAUUUGAAGUAAAAGCAAAAUAUUAUUAGUAAGUGUUUAUUUUUCUGUGCUUAAUAACUGUACAUAUAGAAGAAGCUUAAUGUUUCUAUGUAAAAUAUGUCUAAUUAGGUACAAUGAAGCCGUUUAAAUUAAACUAUUUUUAAAUCGAACCAUUGUUUUCUUGAAUACAAGUAAAAUAUUUUUUAAGUAAAAAUAAAUUACGUAAAAGAAAAAAAAA